GUUGGGUCAACUUUUUGCCAGGUCUUCGUGUUGUUAGUAGGGUGUUGUAACUAGCAGGUGAUCGCACUCUCUCGCUUCUUCCCCUUCUUUCCUCUUUGAAACCCUCCCGGCCCCCUCGUGUUGCCUUCACCUCCUCGACCACUGCGUCUGUCAUCAGGGGUUUGUUCGUCUACGGUUUCUUUGUCAAGCCCGUUGGUUUUCAGCGGCUGCCAUUUCUUAAUUCUCUUAAACCAUCGGUUUCCUCAUCAUUGCUAAGGAAUACUUCUGUUUACUUGGAAGGCUGGAGAUCUGUGCUCGUCCAGGCAUUGACCCAAUUCCUAAGUCUCCUCCAUGCGUCGGAGAAACACAGCUGUCUUGGCUAAACUCCCAUGAGUGUUGUCAAAGUCAAUUAUCUGGGCAAACGUAUUUCAACUAUUCUUCCACUUGGUAUCCGCUCUCUUUCAUCAAAAGCGUCUUCUCAGAAUAACUACAUUAGCCAUCAACUCGAUCUCUUCCUCUCCAACCAAGUUUCAGAUACCCAAUCUCUGUUCCAAUCUCACGCUUUCAUCAUCACAUCUGGGCAUUCAAAUAACAUCUUCUUGGCAGCCAAGCUCAUCUCCUUCUACUCCUUUUUCAACAGAAUUGACUUUUCCAAACAAGUUUUUUAUUCCGUUCAUCCCAAAGACACCUUUCUUUGGAAUUCCAUCAUUAAAUCCCAUUUCUCUAAUGGCGAGUACUCACGAGCUCUCAAGUUCUACGAUGAAAUGUGCAACUCAAGUACCCCUCCUACCCAUUUUACCAUUCCCAUGGUUGUUGCCGCCUGCGCUGAACUUUUAGCCCUUGAUCAUGGUAAAAACAUCCAUGGUAUCACUUUAAAGCUCGGCCUAUUCUAUGAUAAUUCGGCAGCUGGGUCUUCUUUUGUUUACAUGUAUUCAAAAUGUGGUGAAAUGGGAGAUGCAUCUCGUAUGUUCGAUGAAAUACCUUUUAGAGAUGUGAUUUCUUGGACUGCUCUUGUGAUUGGUUACGUGCAGAAUGAUGAGAAUGAGAAGGCUUUGGGUUGUGUUCACGAAAUGCAUAGUAGUGGCACAGAUGAAGAGAAACCAAAUUCUAGAACAAUUGAAGGCGCUCUACAAGCUAGUGGAAAUCUGGGGGCUCUGUUAGAAGGUAAAUGCCUACAUGGCUAUGCAAUUAAAACGGGAAUUGGGGUUUCCCAAGUUGUUAACUCAUCAUUGUUUAUGAUGUAUUCAAAGUGCGGGACCAUUGAAGAAGCUUAUUCUGCUUUUUGUGAAUUGCCAGUUAAAGAUCUCAUUUCAUGGACAACAAUUAUUGGGGUUUAUGCGAAGACAAGAAAUAUUCAUGAAUGCUUGGAUUUGUUUUGUGAAAUGCUGGCUGCAGAAAUUGAACCUGAUUGGACCAUUAUCAGUUGUAUGCUUUCACGUUUAGGGAAUUCCAUGAGGAUUAAUGAAGGAAAAGCCUUUCAUGGUCUGGUUAUAAGGAGAAAUUUCACAAUGAAUCAGAUGAUUAUUAAUUCUUUGCUUGCAAUGUAUUGUAAAUUUGGGUGCAUGCAUCUAGCAGGGAAGCUUUUUCAUAAAUUCUGUGGACAGGAUGAAGAAUCUUGGAACUGGAUGGUUUUUGGAUAUGGUAAAGUUGGGAUGGAGGCAAAGUCCUUAGAAUUGUUUAGAAAAAUGCAUCAUCUAGACCUCAACUAUGAUCUAAAUAGUUUAGUCUCUGUUAUUUGUUCAUGUUCCAACUUAGUUGCAACACAUCUAGGUCAGUCUUUGCAUUGUUAUGUGAUUAAAAUUGGGAUUAGUGAGAAUGUUUCAAUUGCAAAUUCUCUUAUGGGCAUGUAUGGAAAAUGCAACGAUAUGACCAUGGCAUGGAUGAUAUUUUCUUGGAUGCAUAGAGACGUUGUCACAUGGAACAUUUUGAUUUCGGCUUAUGUUCACAAUGGUUAUUGUUAUGAGGCUUUGAUCCUUUUUGAUCAGAUGGUUUCAGAAAACAUGAAACCCAACUCAGUGACAUUGGUUAUCGUCCUUUCAGCUUGUGCUCAUCUAGCAAACCUGGAGCUUGGAGAAAAGGUUCACUGUUACAUCAAGGAAAGGGGAUUAGAGUGUGAUCUAUGUCUUUCUACUGCAUUAGUUGAUAUGUAUGUGAAAUGCGGGCAACUUGGAAUAGCAAGAGAAAUCUUUACUUCAUUGGAUAAGAGAGAUGUUAUCUCAUGGAAUGUAAUGAUCUCAGGAUAUGGAAUACAUGGAGAUGCCAAAUCUGCCAUUGAGAUUUUCCAACAGAUGGAGGAAUCGGGGGAAAGACCAAAUGCACUAACCUUCCUUUCUGUUCUCUCAGCAUGUAAUCAUGCAGGACUCAUUGAAGAAGGGAAGUACCUAUUUGGAAAGAUGAAAGAAUACUGUGUUUCACCAACAUUGAAGCACUAUUCAUGUAUGGUGGAUCUUCUUGGUCGAUCAGGAAACCUACGCGAGGCUGAAGCUAUGGUUCUAUCAAUGCCUAUUGCUCCUGAUGGAGGUGUCUGGGGAGCUCUUCUUGGUGCUUGUAGAAUGCACAAUGAUGUUGAGAUGGGAGAACGAGUUGCAAAGUGGGCUAUUGAAUCUGACCCUGGAAAUGAUGGGUAUUAUGUUCUGCUUUCCAACAUGUAUAAUUCGAUUGGAAGGUGGAAAGAUGCAGAGAAGGUGAGGGAGAUGAUCAAGAAGAAUGGAGUUAGGAAGAUAGCUGGCUGGAGUGUUAUAUAAUAUAAUAGGGAAUAGAGAUGGCAAAUAGGCAUGAAUGCUCAAUCUAAUAGGAUUAAUCAAGUUUAAAGCCCCUAAUAGCAGUUGGGGGCUGAAUGAUAUUGAAUUAAGGAUAUUAGUUUUUGCCCCUUUUGCCCUCCACUUUUUUUUCGGCCACGUGUCCUCUCUCCAUUUUCGAGGAAAGCCUUGCUCGGCAAGCUUUCCCCUCUAUUGCUCUCUCUUGCACUCUCUCGCUUCUUCUCCUUCUUUGCUCUUUGCUCUGAAACCCUCUCACCCCCUUGUGUUGCCUUCACCUCCUUGACCGCUACAUCUGUGAAACCAAAGGGUUCAUCAGGGGUUUGCUUGUCUAGGGUUUAUUUAUCUAGCCCGUUGGUUCUCAGCGAUGGCCAUUUCUUGAUGCUCUUAACCCAUCAGUUUCCUCAUCAUUGCUAAGAAUAGGGUGUUCUCGCCAAUGGCCGUUUCUAUGCUCUUAGUCCAUCGGUUUCCUCAUCAUUGCUAAGAAUAGGGUGUUCUCGCCAAUGGCCAUUUCUCUGCUCUUAGUCCAUCGGUUUCCUCAUCAUUGUAAGAUUUUAAGAGGGGAUGGGUCUUGAAGAUUGAUUAACUGUCAGGUGUCUAGAAGGCAGCUCUCUCUUCCUGGUUAAGUUGCUUGGUAAAUAUAGAUGCUUUUUCCAUGUGGAAACAGUUCUGAGAGGGGCGCUAGAAGACAGCUCUCUCUUCCUGAAGUUGCUUGGGAAAUAUAGUUGCUUUUACAUCAUUACACAACCCCUCAAAGUGAUAAGAAGAGCACCUCAUGAGUUCAAGAUUGCAUCUUCACAGAUCUUCCUGCUGAUCUUCCAAUGGCUCCAGCAGCUGUAGCGGCUCCAGACUUGAUAAAGCCUUGAGGCAGUACCCAGCAGGUUGUCUGAAUUAGGGGCAGGAAUACCUAAUUCAGUGGUGUGCAUAACCAUUAACAAAGUCUGUGCAUCUGGGAUGAAGGGCGAGGGGACUUUCUCUGGUAAAUGGUAUUUACUGUUGGAAUUUGGAUUGUGGAGGAGGGUUAUUAUUUUCUUCUGGUGUGGGAGGAGAAAGAGAGAGAUCAAGAGAUGGGGUUUAGCAUGCUUGAAAAGAAUCCUUGGUUUGAGCAAGUUGGUGUUGGUGAUAAUGUUGAUCACUGCUCUCCAGUGCAAGUAAAACUUCCAGAUGAAUAGAAAGUGGUACAGAUCUCUUAUGGGUGGAGGCAUACACUAGCUGUUACAGAAAGGCAGAACGUUUUCUCUUGUUGAAGAGGUUCAUUUAGCUCCUGGAAGCAAGUUCCACUUCCAAAAUACAUCAGAAGGUUGAUAGAAGGUGAUUCAAGAUAGUCAUGGGAAUCAGAUAAUCCUGGCAGUUGGAAUCAAACUUCAAGCAAUUAUAAUGACAAUGGCUCUUGGAAUCCAAGAAAGACAUGUAGUGGCUCAGGGGAUUCUUCUAGCUCUCUCUCUCUCUCUCCCUUAAAUUACCCUAGCUCUUCAUUUUACUGUCUGGUUUUGUUUGUAGGUUUCAUCAAUCAAUGUAUUCUAACAUUUUACAUGCUUUUAUAGGUAUUCAAACCCUAGAUGUUGAUUUUAUGUACAAGUACAGUUCAUUAGGAGCUUCUGUUUAGUAUUGUCUGGUUCAGGUCCUCUCUCUGCCUCUCUCUAUUUGAUUGUUUUUAGUUAACCUUUUAAUGCAGUUAGAAAGUGUUGAUUUUACUUGAAAAGAAAACUGAUUGGAAUGAGUAUAACAUUUCAUUUAUAGUUGUA